AUGAAUAAUGACAUAAUAUUAGAUAGUAACAAUACCAAAUGUACACAUCACACAAAUAAAAAACUUAAACUUUUAUGUUUAGAUUGUAAAUUAAUUCCAUGUUGUAUUCAAUGUAUUUCUCAAGAUGGUGAACACCAUGGUCAUAAAACAAAUUCUAUAGAUUCAAUAGCAACAUCAAAUAUUCUUAAAAUGAUGAAUUUAUUUAAAAAUGAUAUCAUUCCAAAAUUAAAAGAAACAAUAGAAAAUGAUAAACAAAUAAUCAAUGAAUCUGAAAAUAUUUAUAAUGAAAUUAAACAACAAUAUGAAAAUAAUAAAAGUUUAGUAACAGAUGAAUUUAAUAAAUUUCAUAAAAUACUUCAAAUUAUUCAAUUAAAUAUUGAAAGGCAAUUAAAAACAACAUUUGAUCAAAAUACAUUAAUUAAUACUACUAUUAAUUCAUCAAUCAAUAAUAAAAAUAAUAAUCAAAAUAAUAAUAAUAAUAAUAAUAAUAAUAAUAAUAAUAAUAAUAAUAAUAAUAAUAAUAAUAAUAAUAAUAAUAAUAAUAAUAAUAAUAAUAAUAAUAAUAAUAAUAAUAAUAAUAAUGAGGAUAAUAAUAAUAAUUAUGGUAUUAAUAUAGAAUCAAUAAGUUAUAAAUUAGAUAACCUUAAUGAUACUCACUUUCAAUAUUAUGAUGAAAAUCAAAUUUACAAUUGGCUUGAAAAUGAAGAAAUUUAUCAAUUAAUUAAAAAAUAUCAACAAUCAUCAACAAUAGUAAAUAAUAAAAAUAAUAUUGAUAAUUUAAAUAAAUUAAAAGAAUAUGAUAAUCAAUCAAUAAUAUUCAAUAAUAAAAUAAUUGAUGAUAUUAAAAAUAAUUUAAAUUUAAUUUAUAAAUUUGAUAAUAAUAAUAAUAACAACCAAAAUAAUAAAAACAAUAUUAAUAUUAUAGAGAACAAUAUAAAUAGUAUAUAUAAUAAUAAUAAUAAAAAAAGUGUUAAUAUUAUGGAGAACAACAAUAGUAUAAAUAAUAAUAAUAAUAAUAAUAAUAAUAAAAAUAAUAAUAAUAAAAAUGAAAAACUAAAGAUUGAAAUCGAUGAAAAUAAUUUUAAAUUUAUAAGGAGUAAGUGUUGGUAUGGGAUAUAUUAUAUAUAUUCAGAGAAUUGUGAAUUUUCAAAAUAUAAAGAUAUAAAAUCAAUUGCAUUUGGAGAAGAUUGUGGUAGUUUAUUAAAAUUUAAAUUAAAAGCAAAUUUAAAGAGAGUUAUGUUAUUAGAUGGAUUUAAAGAAAGUUUAGAACCAGGUGUAUUACCAAAUAGUAUUAGAUAUUUAGAAAUAGGUGAUAUUAAAACACCAUUACUAGUUGGAUCAAUACCAUCAACUGUUAUAAAUUUAACAUUUAAUGAUGGAUUUAAUCAAUCAUUAGAACCUGGUAUUAUUCCAUAUAAUCAGGGAAAUAAUGAACGUAUAUUGUCAUAUGUACCCGUGGAAGGUGUACAAAACUUAACAUUACAUAAUAUUAAAAGUGAACUAAACAUUGGAUCAAUUCCAGGGUCAGUAGAACAAUUGACACUAAAAGAUGGAUUCUCUCAAACAUUAAAGCCAGGUGUUAUUCCAAAAAGUGUUAAAAAUGUAAUAUUAUACGAAAUAACAAAACCAUUAAUAAUCGGAUCAAUACCAAAUACAGUUUCAACAAUAUACUUUUAUAAAGGUUUUAACCAAUUACUUACAGCAGGUAUUAUACCAGAAGGUGUUCAAAGAUUAGUAUUCCACCAAGUUAAGGACUUAUUGAUUGAAGGUUCAAUUCCUAAAUCGAUUCAUUUAUUAUGUUUCGAGAAUGGUUUCAAUCAAAUAAUAUCACCAGGUAUAAUUACUAAUGGAGUGUGCAAGUUAGUUUUGGGAGAAAUUAUACAACCAUUAUUAGUGAAUUCAAUACCAAAUUCUGUCACCAACUUGCAUAUCAAUAUUAGAUUUAAUCAAGCACUAACACCAGGAAUCAUUCCAAAUUCAAUAAAGGUAUUAACAUUAGACAGUGUAAAUAGACAACUAGUUGAAGGAUCAAUACCAAAAACAAUUCAAAAAAUUAUUUUAAAUGAAAAUAUUGAACCAUCAUCUUUAGAUGUUUGUAAAUUAGAUAAAUCUGUGCAAAUAUUAAAAAGAAAUUUUAAUUUAUUAUAA